AUGGCUGAAGCAAUCUUGUGUAUUCUGUUUAAGUAUUCUGUUAUGGUAAUGGUGCACUGUAAGUAUAUUAUAAUCAACACUGACAAUAUAAAGCUUGUUCUUGGUAUUGAUGCCAAAAUUGGGUCAAACUAUUUCAGUCUGAUUGAUGUGUCUGAUCACCCUGUCUCUGCCAUCAUUACUCACUGUCUGUGUGCUGCCCCUGCCCUGCUAACUACUGCUGCCACCACUCUACCACCACUGCCACUGCCUACUACUGUCUUUCUGCCUCCCUCUGGUGCCAUCAGGGUCUUCACCUGUCAAAUAGUGGAUAUUAGAGCCUCUGUCUGGUUCACAAAGCCAGUUCUGGAGGAGCAGGAGGAGGAGAAGAAGAAGAAGAAGAAGAAGAAGAAGAAAAAGAAGUAA